GUUAAAUUAAUUAUUUCUGCAACAGAGCUUCUUGCAGAAGGACCACCACACUGGUUUGCACUUAGGAAAAUAUGAAAAUAAUCAGGGAGCAUUGUUCUCUCUGAACUAAAAAAAAAAAAAUUAAAAAAAUAAAAAUCUGUGCCUUGCUGAGAACAGCUGCAGGAGUUGGACACUUGAAUCAAUGUUAUCGGAUGAGUUAGAAUCCAAACCUGAGCUGCUGGUUCAGUUUGUUCAAAAUACUUCCAUUCCACUGGGACAAGGACUGGUGGAAUCAGAACCAAAAGACAUCACCUGUCUUUCUCUGCUUCCUGUUACUGAGACCUCAGAAUGCAACAGACUCAUGUUGCCAGAUGAUGAAAGAGAUCUCACUUCUCCAAGUCACACUAAUUCUUCCAAAGAUGUUUCUUCAUCUGCUGUCUUGAGAAGUCUCCAGGUAAAUGUUGGCCCUGAUGGAGAGGAAACAAGGGCACAGAAUGUUCAGAAACCAUCUGAACUUCUGCCAACUCCAGAAACUUCUAGUUUAUUGCAAGACCUCCAGCCCAGCGACAGCACUUCAUUCAUUCUUCUCAACCUAACAAGAGCAGGGCUGGGGUCUCCCACAGAGCACUUGGUGUUUGUUCAAGAUGAAGCAGAAGAUUCUGGAAAUGACUUUCUCUCUCAUGACAGCACAGACAGCAGUACCCCAUGGUUCCUACGAGUGCAAGAAUUGGCCCAUGACAGUUUAAUUGCUGCCACUCGGGCACAGCUCGCAAAGAAUGCCAAAGCAAGCAAUAAUGGUGAAAAUGUUCAUCUUUGCACAGGAGAUGGGCAGCCAAAAGAUUCAAGCCCCAUUCCUCAUUUAUCUCGUGUGGAAAGGAAGCUGAAGUGCACAGUUGAGGGCUGUGAUAGGACAUUUGUAUGGCCAGCUCACUUCAAGUAUCAUCUGAAAACACACCGGAAUGACCGCUCCUUCACCUGCCCAGCAGAAGGUUGUGGAAAAAGUUUCUACGUCUUGCAGAGGCUGAAGGUGCACAUGAGAACUCACAAUGGUGAAAAACCCUUUGUGUGCACAGAACUGGGCUGUGGCAAACAGUUCACAACAGCUGGAAAUCUGAAGAACCACCUACGAAUUCACACUGGGGAAAAACCCUUUCUGUGUCAGGCACAGGGAUGCGGUCGUUCCUUUGCUGAAUACUCCAGUCUUCGGAAACAUUUGGUUGUCCACUCAGGAGUGAAGCCCCAUCAGUGCCAAAUUUGUGGGAAGACAUUUUCCCAGAGCGGUAGCAGAAAUGUGCAUAUGAGGAAACACCACUCCCGAAUUGGAACAGCUGGCAGCAGGGAGCGAGAACAGCCAGAGUCACUGAUGGGCAGCAGUUUGCUGGAAGAAUCGACAGUGCAUAGUAAGAAUCUCAUCUCCAUGAACUCUCAGCCCAGCCUUGGUGUUGAGUCUCUGCACCUGCCAGACACUGAGUCAAUUAUUGGAGUAGAAGAGGGUGAGACCAGCUGCUCUUUUUUCCGCCCUCUUAUAUGUGGUGACUGAGACGGGAUCGAUCAUUCCCCCUUGAGGCUCAUCAUAUUGCAGUGGGAUGAAUGAACAUUGCUUUAACUGUGCACAGAGGGGUGGGUAGAUAGUGGAUGAAUCCUAAAACUGGAGAUGGAGAAGAUCUGCUGGACCAAGUUUCUCUCUUGCAGAGCUUAAAAGGUGAAGUCUGCUGCUUAGGUGUCACUUAGCCCAUGUUGUGGAAUGCCAUUUCAAAACUGCUUAUGCAGUCCAUCUCCUAAAGCCUAAAGUGUUUGUUUUGCUGGAGCACCUAGGAGCCCCAGCUAAGGACCAGGACCUCAUUGUGCUAGGCACUGUUCAAAUAUUCAGUAUCUUGAGCAACAGGCCUUCCUUCUGCCCUUUACCUUCAGAGACUAUAUUCUAAUACAUCUCACUGUCAGAAGCUGACUUACUAUAUGAAUAAAAUGUACUACUUGAUAUCA